AUGCCGCCGCCCCACCCCUCCACCCUCUUCCUCCUCCCCCUCCUCCUCCUCGCCGUCCACCUCCCGCCCGCCGCGGCCGCCGCCGCCGACAGCCGCCACGCGUCCACCGCCGCCACCUCCUCCUACCGCCGCAUCUCGUGGGCGAGCAACCUCACGCUCCUGGGCUCCGCCUCGAUCCUCCCGGGCGCGUUAGCCGUCGCGCUCACCACCAACUCCAGCGACGGCAUCGGCGCCGGCCGCGCCCUCUUCUCGGAGCCCGUGCGCUUCCUCCUCCCGCGCCCCGACCCGGGCGCCGCCCCGGCGCAGGCCUCCUUCUCCACCCGCUUCACCUUCCGCAUCACCCCGUCGCCCUCCUACGGCGACGGGAUCGCGUUCGUCCUCACCUCCUCGCGCACCUUCCUCGGGGCCUCCAACGGGUUCCUCGGCCUCUUCCCCUCCGCCUCCGCCUCCGACGACGACGGUGAGCCCGCCGACGUGCACACCGUCGCCGUCGAGCUCGACACGCACCGCGACGUGGCGCUGCGCGACCCCGAUGGCAACCACGUCGCGCUCGACGCGGGCUCCAUCUUCUCCGUCGCGUCCGCGAGCCCGGGCGUCGACCUCAAGGCCGGCGUGCCCAUCACCGCCUGGAUCGAGUACCGCGCGCCGCGCCGCCGCCUCCGCGCUUGGCUCUCCUACUCGUCGUCCCGCAAACCCGACAAGGCCGCGCUCUCCGUCGACGUCGACCUCUCCGGUCUCCUCCUCACGUACAUGUACGCCGGCUUCUCGGCGUCCAAUGGCGAAGGGGCCGCGCUUCACGUCGUCGAGAGCUGGACCUUUCGCACCUUCGGCUUCCCCAACACCUCGCACGCCUCGGCUUCCCCAAUUCCUUCGCCACCGCCCAAGGACCAGGCGUCGCUCAAGAGCCCACUGCCGCUUCCAAAAGAUCACCACCACCACCAUAACCUAUUCUACACGGUGCUGGGCGGAGCUCUCGGUGGUGUGGUCUUGCUGGUUCUUGUGGUCAUCAGCUCUAUUCUAUUGAUUCGCCAUUCAAAGCGCCGCACAAGUGAAAAACCUGCUGUGCUGUUCGACGACAAGAACUUCCGUGGGAUGCUGUCCAUGGAGGUGGUACGCGCAGCAACAAAGGACUUCGGCAGUGAAAAUGUGAUCGGCAUUGGUGGCUCUGGCGCGGUUGUGUUUGAGGGGGUUCUCCCUUCUGGGUCAAGGUUUGCUGUCAAACGGUUCCAAGCUAUGUGGCCGUGCUCAAAGGCGUUUCUGAGUGAGCUUCGUGCCAUGCUUGAUUGCCCACACCACCCCAAUCUUGUGCCACUCUUGGGAUGGUGCUCCAGUGAGCAUGACCUGGUUCUUGUUUACGAGUUCAUGCCCAAUGGUAAUCUUGACAGUGCACUGCACACAAAGGGUGGAGCAAUACUUCCUUGGGAGGCACGGUUUGGGGCGGUGCUUGGUGUUGCAUCAGCACUUACAUUUCUGCAUGAUGAAUGUGAGCACCGCAUUCUUCAUCGUGAUGUCAAGUCAUCAAAUGUGCUGCUUGAUGCAGACUUCAAUGCUCGGUUAGGAGAUUUUGGUCUUGCUCGCGUGGUGAGCCAUGGCGGGGUGCCUUUGGCGACACAGCCAGCAGGCACACUGGGAUACCUCGCACCAGAGUAUGUGCAUUCAGGUGUGGCAUCAGAGCGCUCGGAUGUUUACAGCUUCGGGGUGCUUGCUUUGGAGGUGGCCACUGGCCGGAGACCAACGGAGAAGGGAACCGCAGUUGUUGACUGGGUGUGGAGUCUCUGGGGUCGUCGGAGGCUGGUUGAUGCAGCAGACCAGCAGCUUCAGGGACGUUUUGUCGCAGAGGAGAUGCGGCGGGUGCUGCUUGUGGGCCUCUGCUGUGUGCAUCCGGACUGUAGGAAGCGGCCUGGUAUGCGAAGGGUGGUCAGGAUGCUUGAUGGUAGUGCACCCAUGACACUAGUGCCAGAUAAGAAGCCACCAGUUGUACUGAAGUCACCACUAAAUCAAACAUCGUCAGUGAACACCAUGGAUACUAUGAAUACUGCAUUUUACAGCUGUCGCUAG